ACGCGGCGCGGUGAGUUCGCGGGUCGCGGUUCCCUCCGGUCCCUCCCCGGUCCCUUCCCUGCGCCGGGCGCGGGAUAGCCCCGGACUGGGACCGCUUCCACCCCGAGCUGGGCCCAGCGCCCCCGUAGUGGUCCCAGUAACCCCCGUACUGGUCCCAGUAAGCCCAUACUGGUCCCAGCACCCCCAUGCUGGUCCCAGUAAGCCCCAUACUGGUUCCAGUAAGCCCAUACUGGUCCCACCAUCCAUACUGGUGGUCCCAGCACCCCCAUACCGGUCCCAGUAAGCCCAUACUGGUCCCAGCACCCCCAUACUGGUCUCAGUAAGCCCAUACUGGUCCCAGCACCCAUACUGGUGGUCCCAGCACCCCCAUACUGGCCCCAGUAACCCCCAUACUGGUCCCAGCACCCCUAUACUGGUCCCAGUAACCUCAUACUGGUCCCAAUAACCCCCAUACUGGUCCCAGUAACCCCCGUACUGGUCCCAGUAACCUCAUACUGGUCCCAAUAACCCCCAUACUGGUCCCAGCACCCCUAUACUGGUCCCAGCACCCCCAUACUGGUCCCAGUAACCUCGUACUGGUCCCAAUAACCCUCGUACUGGUCCCAAUAACCCCCAUACUGGUCCCAGUAACCCCUGUACUGGUCCCAGUAACCUCGUACUGGUCCCAGUAGCCCCCAUACUGGUCCCAGUAACCCCCGUACUGGUUCCAGUAACCUCGUACUGGUCCCAGUAACCCCCAUACUGGUCCCAGUAACCCCUGUACUGUUCCCAGUAGCCCCCAUACUGGUCCCAAUAACCGCCGUACUGGUCCCAGUAGCCCCCAUACUGGCUGGUCCCAGGGAUCCCAUAGUGCUUCCAGCAUGCCGUACUGGUCCCGGCUCAGCACUGGUCCCAGUGACCCCCCCGGACUGGUCCCAGUGACCUCGUACAGGUCUCAGUGCUCCCCAGCAGCCCACCAGUAACGCCCAGCAGCCCCCAGCACCCUCCCAGUCCCUUUGGCUCUUUCCCAGUGCCCCCAGAGGCCCCCCCCCCAGUCCCUUCCCAGUAUCCCCAGUUUGGGGGGGGGGGGUGACACAGCGGGCCAUGGGCCGAGGGCGGCUCUUGGGGGGCUGCGCUUGGCUGCUGGGGGGGCUGGCGCUGCUGCAGACCCUCUACCUGCGAGCGCUGCCCCCCCCCGUGUCCCCCCGUCGCGUCCCCAAACCGCUGCCCCCCCCUAGGGGGGUUCUGGACGCUUCCGGAACCUUCCGGGUGUAUCGGGACGUGUUGGGGCCCCCCCCGCGCUGGGCACCCCCCGAGUUGGUGCUGGCCACACACGGGACCCCGGGGCGGGCGGCGGCGGCGCUGGGGGGGGCGCUGGGGGGGGAGCGCUGGGGGGGGCCCCUCUCGGUGGCUGUAUUCGGGGUGCCCCGGGCCGGGCUGGGGCAGCUGCUGGCGGCGCUGGGGGGGCCCUGCCGGGGGCUCCGGGGGCGCCUGCGGCUGCACGUGGUGCUGGGGGCUGCCGACCCCCCCCCCGCCGUGACCCCCAACCGCGGCCCCGCAGCGCCGGGGGGGUGCCGGGGGGCCCUGGGGCGCCUGGCAGCCGCCGACCCCCCCAGUUACACUUUGGGGGUGCCGUACCCCGGGAACCUGCUGCGGAACGUGGCCUGGGCUGGGGCGGCUGGGGAGGAAACGGGGGGGCUCGGGGGGACGCGCAAUGGGGGUCCCGGCUCCCCAGGGCUUGGCGGGGGGCGCUUUGUGCUGCUGCUGGAUGCGGAUGUGGUGCCCAGCCGGGGGCUGCGGGAGGGGUUCCUGAGGGCGCUGCAGGGGGGCGGACCCCCAUUGUGGGGCGCUGGUGGAGAUGGGGGGGACCCCAAAGCUUUGGGGGACCCCCCAUCAUUGCAGGCAUCUGAUGGCCUCAGAGUGGUCCCCAAUGCUCUGGACCCCCCCCAUGUCCCUGGGGUCCCCAGUGACCACGGGGGGCUCAACGCCCCGGAGGUCCCCAACAGGUUGGGGAGCCCCAGUGAUGUCCUGGGGGUCCCCAAGGGCUUCCCUGACCCAGGGGUCCCCAGUGUCUUGGUGGACCCCAAUGCCUUGGAGGUCCCCAAUGUCCUGAAGGACCCCAAUGCCCUGAAGGACCCCAACAUCCUAAAGGACCCCAGUGCCCUGAAGGACCCCAAUGUCCUGGAGGACCCCAAUGUCCUGGAGGACCCCAAUGCCCCAGGUCCCACCCAGCCACCCUGGGCCCAGGUCGUGUUCGUGCUCCCGGCCUUCGAGGUGCGUUUGGGGACACCGGUGCCAGGGACGAAGGCAGAGCUCCAGCAGCUGUGGGGCACAGGGGACGCCCGGCCCUUCUAUGGGGCGCUGUGCCCCCGGUGCCAAGCACCCACGGACUAUGGGCGCUGGUGGGCGCUGCCACCCACCCCACACCUGCGCGUGGCCUAUGAGGCCCCAUGGCGUGACCCCUGGGAGCCCUUUUAUGUGGGGCCGGCCCACGGCGUCCCCCCCUUCGACGAGCGCUUCCUGCAGUACGGCUUCAACCGCAUCAGCCAGGCGUGUGAGCUGCACGUGGCCGGGUUCCGCUUCGCGGUGCUGGACGGGGCCUUCGUGGUUCACGGCGGGUUCAAGGAGGCCGACGGGUUCCACGGGGGGCGCGCGGCCGAGCAGCACCGCAACCGGCUGCUGUUCCGGCGCUUCCGCUCCGACCUGCGCCUGCGCUACCCCCGCUCCCCCCGCCGCUGCUGAGCGGGACGUGGGUGCUCCACAUGGGUGCUCCACAUGGGACAUGGGUCCCCUGCUCCCCCUGGCGCUGCUGAGCAGGAGAUGGGCGCUGCACACAGGAUGUGGAACAUGGGACAUGGGUGCUCCACACGGGACAUGGAACAUGGGUCCCCCGCUCCCCUCGGCGCUGCUGAGCACGCAAUGGGUGCUCUGCACGGGACGUGGAACAUGGAACAUGGAUGCUCCACACAGGACAUGGAACGUGGAACAUGCAACGUGGGUGCUCCACAUGGAACGUGGGUGCUCCGCACGGGACAUGGAAUGUGGAACAUGGGACGUGGGUGCUCCACACAGGACGUGGAAUGUGGAACAUGGAACAUGGGUGCUCCAUACACAAUAUGGGUGCUGCAUAUGGAACGUGGAACGUGGGACAUGCGUGCUCCACUCAGGACAUGGGUGCUAUCCAUUGGACACAUGGAUGCUCCACAUGGAACAUGGGUGCUCCACACGGGACGUGGAAUAUGGAACAUGGGUGCUUCAUACACGAUAUGGGUGCUGCAUAUGGAACAUGGAAUGUGAAACAUGGGACGUGGGUGCUCCACUCAGAACGUGGGUGCUAUCUGUUGGACACAUGGGUGCUCCACACGGGAUGUGGGUGCUCUCUAUUGAGCACAGGGGGCCCCAUGGCCUCUGUGGACCUGCCCUCAAUAAAGAUGACCCUGGCCCGCAA